AUGAGAACCUCAAUCCCCUCCGCGGCGCGCGCAUCGCGAGCCCUCAAUGCGACGAGGCCGGCAUCUGCGCUAUGCUUCAGCUCAAGCAGUAGAUCUCACAUCUACGCACCCGCCGCGCGCAUUCACACAACCUCCCCGAGACCUCAGGGUGCAGAGGGCGCAGUCGCUUCUCUUCGCCAGGUCUUCGGUCGCCAAAAGCGAGAAACCCCCGCCUCCGAAGCUUCAGAGUCUCCCGAGACCACCACCUCCUCCGAAUCCGACCUCCUCGAGCCCUACGAACCCCUCACAACGUCCUCAACCCUCGCCGACCUCGACCGCUCCGUCCGCACAUACCUCCGCAACGCCAACACCCUCACGACAGCAAUCCGCCGCGAGCGCAGCCGCAUAGCCCAGCGAUGGACCUACGAGCUCAUCUCCGACGACCUCAUGCAGAUCCAACGCCCCUUUGACUACGACAACAAGCCCAGGCUCCUCAGCGCAAUCUACCUUCGCGACCGCUGCCCCUGCCCGCAGUGCGUCAGCUCCUCCUCCGGCAACAAGUCCUUCUCCUCCGCCGAGAUCCCCGAGGCCCUCAAGUUCGACACCGUCACCAAGCACCCCGACGGCUCCCUCCACAUCACCUGGCAGCACGACAUCCCCCGCGCCGCCGCCGCCAACCACGUCUCCGUCUUCCCCGCCGCCGGCCCGCAGAGCAUGUCCCGCAUCGCCACCGAGCACUCCAUCCCCUUCGCCCCGACGCGCGUCUACUUCACCAAGGACCCCGUCAAGCGCCUCCUCUGGGACAACGCCAUCCUCGCCCCGCGCCUGCAGACCAUCCCCUACACCGACUGGAUGGCCGGCGGCGACGCAUUCCGCGCCGGCGCCCAGGAGCUCGCCGCCACGGGCCUCGUCUUCCUCACCGGCGUGCCGCACUCGGAAACCGCCGUCGCGGACAUCGGCCUCACCUUCGGCGCCCUCAAGGAGACCUUCUACGGCCGCACCUGGGACGUCAUCUCCAAGCCCGACGCCGAGAAUGUCGCCUACACCUCCUCCUACCUCGGCCUGCACUCCGACAUGCUCUACCUCGAGUCCCCGCCCCGCAUCCAGCUGCUCCACUGCCUCGAGAACUCGUGCUCCGGCGGCGAGUCCAUCUUCAGCGACGCCUUCUUCGCCGCCCGCGUGAUGCGCAAGCGCCAAGGCACGCAGCUCAGGGCCCUCGGCGAGGUCAAGGUCCCCUACCACUACUCCAAGAACGGCUUCUUCUACCGCCAGGAGCGGCCCGUGUUCAAGUGGGCCGAUGAUGAGAAGCACGUCCAGGACGUCUGGUGGUCCCCGCCCUUCCAGGCGCCCUUCCACAUCCCCAAGAACAACAAGGAGCGCGCACGCUUCCGCGAGUGGCACAGCGGCGCGCGCAUGUUCCAGAAGAUCCUCGAGGACGAGGCGCACAUGUUCCAGCGCAAGCUGCAGCCCGGCGAGUGCGUCCUGUUCGACAACCAGAGGGUGCUGCACGGGCGCCGGGAGUUUGACGCGGACAGCGGUCGUCGUUGGUUGAAGGGCACGUACGUAGCGAACGAGGAUUUCCUCAGUACGUUGAACAAGUUGCACGAGUUCCGCUAUGCAGAGAGCCGAACGUAG